AUGCAGUACGUUGGCAGAAGCAGCGUAACCACUGAUCUGCAGUCUGAUGUUCUGCUGCCGUGUAACUUUAAAGCGACCCUCCUCAGAUCAAACAAGACUGCAGAUAUAGCAGCAGUGUGGAGUCACAGGACUAUACCAGCAGAUAAUCUAGUGGAGAUCAGUCUGCAGGGUGAAGAAAUGUUCUGGAAUAACAGUGAUAAACGUAUUAAGACGUUCACCAAGCUCUCAGAAUCUGGAAACUUCUCCAUCCUCCUCCGUAAUGUACAGCAGUCUGAUCUGGGCCUCUACCGCUGUGAGCUUCAUGAGGGAAUCAACUGCAGCAUCGCCUAUCAGGAGGUGCAGCUUGGUGUUUCUGAAUACCAGAAAACCAUCAUAGCAGGAACAUCAGGAGCAGUAGUAUUACUACUGUUACCAGUAUGUAUUUGCUGCACAGGGAUUAAAGGAAGAUUCUGUAUGAGACAAGAGGGUGUUCAAGCUUCAGGCAAAAGAGACACAAAAGAAGAGACGAUUUAUGAGAAUGACAUGGAGCUCAGAUCAAUGAAGAGUGCCUGCAGAGGUUGCUGUCAAAAUACAACACAAGAAAACCCAAUCUAUGUCAACUGUGAGAGAAAUAAGACGUGGCUGUGAAGAAACUGUAAAUUCAGGCUUUAUAAAGCUCAAUAACAUCAAACAGCUUUUUAUGUAUGUCACGAUUGGCCCCUCCCAGUCCUGUCCAU